AUGAGCAGCAAUGUCUCCUCCGCUCCCGACUUUGAAGCCGUUGCGGCUUCGGUUCCUGUCAGCAUAGACUAUGUACAGUACUCGCUGGACAAAGAGCCGGAAUACCUCCCACAGAUCCGCGAGCUCAUAACCAAGGAUCUCUCUGAGCCCUACAGCAUCUAUGUGUAUCGAUACUUUCUCUACCAAUGGCCCGAAUUAUGUUUCAUGGCGGUGGACACAAACAACAACGACAAGCUCGCUGGAGUGGUGAUUUGCAAACUGGAACCACAUAGAGGAGGACCUCUGCGAGGAUACAUCGCCAUGCUGGCGACCAAGGAUACGUUCCGUGGGCAGGGCAUCGCAACAACGUUGGUCAGCAUGGCCAUCGAUCUGAUGAUCGAGAAAGACGCCGACGAAAUCGCCCUGGAGACCGAAGAGACAAAUACUGCGGCCAUGAAACUUUACGAACGCUUAGGGUUUCUAAGGAGCAAGAAGCUACACCGGUAUUAUUUGAAUGGCAAUAGCGCCUACAGACUGCUUCUCUACCUGAAGGAGGGAGUCGGGAGCAUCCCGGUCGACAUGGGCCUGGAGGGCUACGACCUGCCCAGUCCAGUCCAAGAUGAGUUCCGCAGUCGGAAUAGGGAUCCGCAGGACGUCUUUAGCCAAGGAAUCAUCUAA